UCUCGACGACUACAUCAUCUUAUACGCCAUCUCAGCGUCCCACACAAAUACUAGUCUAGAUCUACUUCAACUCUCAUCUCUUUCCCAUCUUCAAUACCCGGUAUUGAAACACACAACAAACGGCAAAAUGGCCGAAGCAGAGAAUUACGAGGACGACCUCUUCGACGAUCUGUACAACGACGACGACGCUCCCGCUGCCUCAAAGCCAGCCGCUGCACCAGCUUCCGCCCCCACCACAGCUCAGACUUCAGCUACUGAGCAACCUGCUCAACAACAGCAGCAACAGCAGCAGCAACAGCAAGAGCAGCACCAACAAGCUGCCGCCGUCCAGCAGUCGGCUGCUGACAACUACGGAGGAUCCAACGACUACAGUCAGCAAGGCUACUACAAUGGAGGCAACGGACAAUACGGCAACGAUGAGGAAGAAGACGAAGACGAAGACGACAUUGACUUCAAUCUCGGAAGCGGCCCGUCCACCACGGUCGCUCGCCAUGACGACGACAACCAAAACAACAACAACAACAACAACAACAACAGCCAGUCUCAAUCGCAAUAUCAUGCUCCCCCACCGACCCAGGCCCAACACAAGGGCCCUAAUGCCAAAGAAGACGGGUAAGUCACAUCCCCUUGAUGCUAUUCGUGACACACGUACAU